AGGGAUCCUUUAACUGUACUUUAUAUAUUUGUUACAACAUGGGAGUAUGUAAUGGCUUAUUAUUGGAAAAAUGACUUUAGUAACAUGCACUAUUGAAAACUUGCCCUGCUACUUUUACAGAUGGGAAGUGGUAUUUUGUAACAUCAUUGCAGCAACCUACAUAAGUGUGGUUCAUAUAACUAGUUGUAUGAUUUUCCCACCCUGCAGUGUUUGGUGUUACAUACAGUACCUUUUACUCAUACUGAACCUAUUAUGUUUUUUACAUUUUUGGUACAGUUUGCAAGUAGCUGACUGGAUACAGACAAAAUCAUUGCUAGCAUUUCCAAUGAAGCAGCGCUAUCCUGUAUUUUAUCUUUAUAGCCAGGAUAAGUUGUAUGUUGGAGGCAUGAACGUCCUUUACUUCAUGGAUUUCACAACUAUGGAAGUAAAUAAGACCGUUAUUAAUAAGGAGCAUCCACGUUGCGGGGACACGAAAAACUGUACAAUCUAUGUGACCCUCGUUGGACAAUUAGAAAAAGAUCUGCUUGUCUGUGGUACCGUAGAAACCAUGCCAGCGUGCUGGAAGCUGAAGGAGAAUACUAUUCAGCAGUAUACGCUUGCAGACGAAUUUUCUCCCCGAACACCAGAAACCAACAAUCUUGUUUUAAUUACAGGAAAUGAGGUGUACUCCACAAACAAUGGGAAGACAGUAAAGAAUAUUUUCAAGAAAAUUCAUGGCAAAAAGCCAUUUUUAUACACAGGAGAUGAUCUAAUGAAAAAUCCUCAUUAUAUAAAGGCUCUGGUGGUGGAUAGUGAGGAGGAGGUUCAAGACAAGAUUCUUCUCUUCUUCAUAGAGGAUAAUGAAAAUGUCAGAUCAACAGAGAAAAGAAUUUCCAUGGUGGCUCGUAUGUGUAAGAACGACCCAGGACCAAGUAAAUUGUCUGCUUACAAUAGGUUUAGCACAGCACUGAAGUCCCGUAUGAUAUGUGGGUACCCUAAAGCAAAACAGUAUUUCCCAUACCUCCAGGAUGUUUUCAUGCUAAAGGGAAAAGAGAAGAACCUGAUUUAUGGGUUGUUUACCAAUGCAUGGAAUCACAGUGCUGUCUGCUCUUACAAUCUUUUGGACACUGAAAAGACCUUCGAUUCCUCUUCCUUAUGGAGGGCUCCAAAAACAAACCUACCCAUCAGUCCUGGAACGUGCCUUCAAGGUAAUCGUACUCCAGAAGCCACAUUUGACAGGGCAUCUGAGUUUCCUGAGUUGCAAGACUGGAUAGAACCAUCAGGAAAGGAAGCUGUGUUCCAGAACUCAAGUCACUACAGAAAGAUUGUCGUGGAUGAGGUGGAAGCAUUAGAUGGAAAUAGCUACAGAGUCAUCUUAUUAGCUACAGCAGGUGGAACUGUACAAAAGAUUGUUGAGAUAGAUGAUGGAGUCGUCAGUGUGCUCAAGAUGAAUCCCUUCAAUGAAACAAAAGAGAUCAUAUACCUGACACUGGAACCCAAAAUGCAUCUCCUGUAUGUGGGGACUAACGCUGAAGUGACUCGCCUUCCUCUGGAUGACUGCACUGCAUACAAUGAGACUUGUGAGGACUGUGUCAGGUCCCGGGACCCCUACUGCAGCUGGACAGAAAAUGGGUGUCAGUCUAUCCUGAAACAAAGACGAGGAUCGCAGAAUAUCACACAUGGAGUUGACACCACGUGCUCUGGACAAAGUGAUUUUAAACGAAGGAAAAACAAUUCUAGUUUAACACGUCUUGUGUCUGAGAAUGCCACCUGCAUCACUCGCAACAGCACCUGCACCUGCACCCUCAUACUGGAAGAAAUGCAAAGAAGUAUACCAUGUGUAGCACUCAAACGCUCAGUGAAUGUGGGCAAUGGCUGUGCAGCACACUCCCAACAGCUGAUACUGAUAGCAUUACUCUUUAUGGGCCACCUUAAACUCAUUUUCUUGUUCUUUGGUUUGUAGGCAGAAAUCAGUCAAAAAGGUGGUGAAAAUGGCGGUAGGGUAACAGUUCAAAUUAUUAUUCUAGAAAUGCAGUAUUUCCUCUACAUUACAUCAAAGGUUACUGAAAUAAAUCAUCAAACCUCAGUCAUAUUACAUGCCAAUAAGAUAAGAUACAUGAUUCUGAAUAGUCUGAAGACUGAAAAUCAACAUGUAUGAGUAAAAAACCCCCUACAGAUUUUAUUCAUAACUAAAUAGCUACUACACUGAAUGCAGAAAAUGAUCACAAACAUGUAGCACUGAACGUAUGUAGAACAAUCAUUCCAAAGCCAUCUCUCUACAUAUCACCAUUUUGUUUUAUUGUUUUCUAAUAACUGGAAUUCAUUUCUUAAAAAAGAAGGAAAGCUAACGAGGCAGUUUAUUG